AUGCCCACUCCUCCUCCUAAUUGGGUCAAGGCCCUCAAGCCCGCAGGCCCGCAAGGAUCCGAGCUCCUCGCGAAGGAGCGCGCUGGAUCCAACGUGAACGUUGAGAAACUGUCUGAACUACUUCACACCAAGGAAUUUUUGGACCGCCAAAAAUCCCUCCUGGCUCUUUUGGAGCCCGAGAAGGUUUUUGAUAAGUCACAGAACCACUCGCUGGGCCGCGUAGAGCGCCUGCAGCGGUCUCUCGGCAAGGCCAAGCGCCUCCAGCAGCUUGCUGAACAGCACAAGUGGUCCAUGGAAGAGCUCCACGCCGCCAAUGAGUUGAUCGGCGAACCCACCCCCUAUGGCUUGCAUGCCAGCAUGUUCCUUGUCACCCUCCGCGAACAAGGAACGCCCGAGCAACACAAGCUUUUCCUCGAGCGCGCUCAAAAAUACGAGAUCAUCGGCUGCUAUGCGCAAACUGAGCUUGGUCAUGGAUCCAACGUCCGUGGUCUGGAGACCACCGCCACCUGGAACUCCAACGAUAAGACUUUCACCAUCAACUCCCCCACAUUGACAUCCUCCAAGUGGUGGAUUGGAUCUCUUGGCCGCACAGCAAACCACGCCGUGGUGAUGGCCCAGCUGUACAUCGAUGGCAAGAACUUCGGUCCCCACCCAUUCGUUGUCCAGGUCCGUGACCUGGAGACACACCAGCCCUUAGAGAAUGUAUAUGUGGGCGACAUUGGCCCCAAGUUUGGCUAUAAUACUAUGGAUAACGGCUUCUUGCUGUUCAACAACGUUAAGAUUCCUCACGUCAACAUGCUGGCCCGAUUCUCUUCCAUUGACAAGGCCACAAACCGCUACUCUAAGCCCGCUAUGCCAUCGCUGGUAUUUGGUACCCUAACCUGGGUGCGAUCAAACAUUGUUCUGCAGGCCGGUGGUGUUCUCGCUCGCGGUGUCACCAUCGCGACCCGGUACUGUGCCGUUCGCAGGCAGUUCCAGGAUCGCGAUGCAGAUGCGCAUGCGGGUGAGAACCAGGUGUUGAACUAUAAGAUGGUGCAGGUCCGCUUGCUGCCCCUCCUUGCUUCAAUGUACGCCUUGCACUUCACCGGUCGCGGAAUGAUGCGUCUGUAUGAAGAGAACCAAAGCCGCAUGAAGGCUGCCAACUCGCCUGGUCAGGACUCGCGCGGUGCUGGUCCCGAGGAGCUUCGCGCCGGUGCAAACCUUCUUGCUGAUCUGCACGCCACCUCCUGUGGUCUUAAGGCUCUCGCCAGUACCACUGCUGGUGAAGGUUUGGAGGUCUGCCGCCGCGCUUGUGGUGGUCACGGAUACAGCAGCUACAGUGGAAUCGGCCCGUGGUACUCUGAUUAUCUGCCCACUCUCACCUGGGAGGGUGACAACUACAUGCUGACCCAGCAGGUUGCCCGUUACCUUCUCAAAUCCGCUCGUGCCGUCCUCGCGGGCAAGCCAGCUGGUAACGAUACCAGCCAGAUCCUGCAGGCCUACCUCGACCGACGCGACAAGGGCGCCUCAUUCGACGUCCUUGAAGAGGAUAAGGACAUCGUCGCCGCCUUCGCCUGGCGCACCGCCCACCUGACCUUCGAGGCCCUCAAGCACCGCGACGCUGAGCAACGUUCCUGGAACAGCCUCCUCGUCGACUUCUGGCGCCUCUCAACCGCCCACUCCCAGUAUCUCGUCGUCAAGAACUUCUACGAGGCCGUCUCCUCCCCUCAACUCUCCGCAUCCCUGGACCCCGAGACAAAGGGCCUGAUGCACCAGCUCUUCCGCCUCUUCUCCCUGCACACCCUUGAGCGCGAAGCAGCCGAGUUCUUCGCCUCCGGCGCCGUCACCGUCCGCCAGAUCACCCUGACCCGCACUACCGCGGUCAUGAAGCUCCUCGACGACAUCCGCCCUCACGCCGUUCGCUUGGUCGACGCCUGGGCUAUUCCUGACUGGCAGCUAGACAGCAGUCUCGGUCGCUACGACGGAAAGGUGUACGAGGAUCUAUUCCGUCGCGCUAGCGAGGAGAACCCCGUCAAUGACUUGACUUUCGACCCGUACCCCUGGAACUCGGCUUUGCUGAAGAAUGAGCCUGCGAAGAGCAAGUUGUAG